CGAGAUACUGUGGUAUAAAGGGUGAAGCCAGCGGUUCAGAAGUCAACAGAAGGUGUCCCUCUCUGUAGAACAAUGAACCGCUCCGUGAUCGUCCUUUGCGUGCUGGUUGCGAUGGUGGCCGCGCUGACGUUGGCCGCCCCCGCCGGCAAGACGCCCAAGGUGGAGUGGACCAAGGCGCCGGGCAGCCCGACGGCGCGCCGCACCAUCACGGACUCUGCGGGCCAGCAGAUCCACCACAGCACCGACACGAACACCGGCCACCGCACCACCGGCUUCCUGGCCAAGGGCGACAACGCGCGCGCCUCCUCGCCCACGCAGCGCAUCGGGCAGCCCAGCACCGGCGGCAAGCCCUCCACCAGCAAGAAGGGCAAGGGCAAGUAGGACCCCCUGCUCAACCACUGAAAUGGUGCAUUUCCUCGUCCUUUUUUGUAUUUUUAAAAAAUGCAAUCGUGCUGCUUGAAAUUUGUCAAAAGCCCACCCAGAAUACAUAUAGCGCCCAAUAAAAGUUCAGUAUUUUGCAUUCCAA